UUUUUUGGAAACCUAUCGGCCUAUUUCUUGAUGCUUUGAGUUUUGUUCUGUUGUUUGAAAAAGUAAAACCGACACUCCGACAGAAAAUAUUACAUAACUUGAAGAGUUUUUCAAUUAAUUUGUGUUCUAUUCUAUUAUUUCACAUCGUUUCGUGUUCUUCUUCGUUACUUCGUUCUGUAUUAUGUGUUGAGUAUAUACCAAUAUACCCUCUUUGAUUUCAUUGUCUGUAAACUCAAAAUUUUUCGCGUGCAGUCGGUUCACUUUUCAUUGUUCAAAAAUGUCGAGUAAUGCUUUAUUUGCCCCUUCAAAUUCUCGAAAUCAGCAGAAGCAUUUGGUCGAAUUCAAAGCUGGUAAAAUGUACAUGAAGGGGAACAUGGUACAUCCAGAUAAAAAGAAAGGUUUGCUCUACGUAUACCAGUCCGAGGACGCGUUGAUGCAUCUUUGUUGGAAAGAUCGACAAAGCGGAAACGUUGAAGAUGAUUUGAUCAUUUUUCCUGAUGAUUGUGAGUUCAAACGAGUUCCAGAAUGUACGACGGGCCGUGUUUACUUGCUGAAAUUCAAGUCCAAUAUGAGGAAAUUCUUCUUUUGGGUUCAGGAAGCGAAAACUGAUAAGGAUGAAGAAAAUUGUCGUCGUAUAAACGAAGUUUUGAAUAAUCCUCCUAGUUUGAAUUCUUCUCGUAAUAGUGGUGGAACUCCAGACGGUGAAUUGCAAAGCAUUUUGAACAAUAUGUCCCAACAACAAUUGAUGCAGCUUUUCGGUGGAGUUAGCGGACAAAUGGGUGGCAUAUCCAAUCUACUUGGAACUAUGAAUCGUCCAUCGUCUUCGAGUAAUCGAGCUACUUCUGGUUCUAGUUCGUCGUCGAAACCGCCUACUUCCACGAGUUCUGCUAGUUCUAAAUCAUCUACUAAAACUACCACUUCGCAGUCUGCCUCAUCCGGAAGUUCGGAUAAACCACAAACGCCAACUGGAGGUACGUCAAGUGGUAGCGGUACUUCAUCGAUACAGCUCAGCGAUUUGCAAAACUUUCUUAGCGGUUUAGGUGUUCCGGGUAAUUCUGAAAGUGCCAGCGUGCAACCUGUUGACUUGUCUACAGCUCUUACAUCCGAUGCACUUCAAUCAAUUUUAAACAAUCCAGAAGCUGUGAAGGAAUUGCAAAAGUACCUCCCUUCCGAAGGAACUGAUUUGAAUCAAGAAGAAAAUUUACGUAGCACGUUAUCUUGUCCUCAAUUCCAACAGGCCUUACGUACAUUCAGUACUGCUCUGCAGUCUGGUCAACUUGGACCCGUAGUUCAACAAUUCGAAGUAGGUUCUGACGCUGUUCAAGCUGCCAAUCAAGGAAACAUGGAAGAGUUCGUCAAAGCGCUUCAGAACGCUAAAAUUAGUAGCGAAUCUAGCAAGCAGCCUGAGAAGCGAAAAACUUCCGAAGAUUCGGGUACCGAGGCUAAAAAAAAAGGAAAUAAAGACGAUGAGAAGCCAAACGAAGAAAAAUAAUUAAUUAAACAGCAGUAAUCUCUUCAUAGUAAUGCUUCACUUCGCGUCAUGAAAUGACCCCCGUAUAACUUGGGUGUAUCACAGUUGCAAUAUUGGAAGUGUCGUCGAACUUUCUUAUAUAUUAUAAAAAUGUGAUUUCAUUUGAAAUUAUUGUAUAGAUUAGAUUUUGUUGUAAUAUCAUACCGUCGUCGCCAUUAUUUAAAUUUUCAACCCUGUAAUAAAUGCCUUUUUAUUAUGUA